GAUAACAAGUUACAAUUUUUUUGAGACCGUGAAGGCUGUAAAGCAAUUUAAGUGAUAAUAUCAAAUCUUUGUGGAAUACAGUAUAAAGUAUAUUAUACAGAAGAAAAUGUACGAGUCCGAAGGCGACCUGGAUUUUGAAUCAUCGGAGACUUCUUCGGAGAAUCAAGAGAUUUUUGACGAAGACGAAUCAGAAAAUGAAUAUGUAAAGACGACAAAUCAAAGGAAAGUACUGAAAAAGAAGGUGAAAAAGAAACUUGAUAAUUCAAAUGAACAAGAAUUUCAGGCCUCUUUCGAGAGUUUGUUAACUUUAGAACAAAGACAAAUAAAAGAAAGUAAAGAUAGGUUUCACCAAAACUUGAAAGAAUUAAUGGAAAGAGAAGAGGAGGAAAAGCGUAUAAAACAAGAGGAAAGGGAACAACCGACUUUACAAAAGGCGGAAAACCAGAGUUAUAAGAAAAUUCAGACUUCAUCUUGUCAGGGCAAUGAAAAGAGGGAACGUAUUAAUUCGGAAGAGCGAGAGUUGGAAAUAUUAGCACUCAUUCAAGAAGAGCGUUAUGAGAGGGAUUUAGCUAAACAUGCAGAAAAGGAGCAAGAAAGUUUGGGAGCAAGUGGGUAUUCUAUUCCUGUAAACCAUGAGGUAGAAAGUUUGGAAGCGAGUGGGUAUUCUAUUCCUGUAAACCAUGAGACACCUUUUUGGAAUUCGUAUUAUCACAAUGAAAUCCGGAAAAGAGAGAGAGAGAGUGCAGAUAGAUUCGAUCGUUAUUUGAGAGAAUUCAUGGAAAAAGAAGAGGAGGAAAGGCGCUUAAGACGAGAAAAAUGUGAACAACGUGUAUUGGAAAUGGACGAUAGUCACAGUUUUAAGGAAUUUGAGGCCAAUGGAAACAAGAGACGAAUAAGUUCUAAAAAGCGUUUGUUGAAAAAAUUAGCGCUCAUUAAAGAAGAGUAUAACGAAGAUGAUUUAGUUAAAAAUGCAGAAGUUGAACAGGAAAAUUUAGGGGCAAGUGGAUAUUCUAUUCCCGAAAGCAAUAAGAUCAAGACAGGCCGAAAACCCACUUCUUCUAAGAUUAAACAAUAUUUAAAUCCAGAAUGCUGUCUGACUGAGCAAUUAAUAGAACCGGAAUACAAUCAGCCAACUGCCCAAGAUAUGGUACUAAUGGACGCAAAAAAGUUUUCGAAGCAAUUGAAUCUUGGCAUAAAAGAAUUAUUAGCUGAGGAAGAAAAGAUGAGAGAAAGGAGAUAUUUAGAAGCACAAAAAAAGAAAGACGAAAAAUUGGAUUUUGAAAAAUAUAACAAAAAAAAAUUUGAGCCAAUGGACGCAGAAGAAUUUACGGAGCAGUUGGAUCUUGGCGUAAGAGAGUUAAUGGCUGAAGAGGAAAAGAUAAGACAAAGAAGGUGUAUUAGAGCACAAAAAGAGAUGACAGAACUUUUUGCAACUGCAAAAUAUAAUAAAAAAGAAUUUGAGUCUUCUUUUUUGUAUAUGUCUGCUCGCGAUGAAACACGGAGGAAGGAACGCUUAAGUGCAGAUAGCUUUGAUAGGAGUUUAAGAGAAUUCAUGAAUAAAGAAGAAGAGGAAAACCUCUUAAAUGAAGGAAAGAGAGAAGAGCAAUCGUUAGAAACGGAUGAUAGUCACAGUUAUGAGAAAACCGAGAGUUACGAAAGAGAUUUGGGUCAUAAUGUUGAGAAAGAAGAAGAAAAUAUGAAGCUAAUGGACGCAAAAGAAUUUUCGGAGCAGUUGGAUCUUGGCAUAAGAGAGUUGAUGGCUGAAGAGGAAAAGAUAAGACAAAGAAGGUAUAUUAGAGCUCAAAAAAAGAUGAAAGAACUUUUAGCAACUACAAAAUAUAAUAAAAAAGAAUUUGAGUCUUCUUUUUUGUAUAUGUCUGCUCGCGAUGAAACACGGAGGAAGGAACGCUUAAGUGCAGAUAGCUUUGAUAGGAGUUUAAGAGAAUUCAUGAAUAAAGAAGAAGAGGAAAACCUCAUAAAUGAAGGAAAGAUAGAAGAGCAAUCGUUAGAAACGGAUGAUAGUCACAGUUAUGAGAAAACCGAGAGCAAUGAAAAGAGGGAAUCAAUAAAUUCGAGAGAGCGUGAUUUAGAAAUAUUAGCACUUAUUGAAGAAAAGAGUUACGAAAGAGAUUUAGGUAAAAAUGUUGGAAAGGAAGAAGAAAACAAGAAGCCAAUGGACGCAAAAGAAUUUUCGGAGCAGUUGGAUCUUGGCAUAAGAGAGUUAAUGGUUGAAGAGGAAAAGAUAAGACAUAGAAGGUAUAUUAGAGCUCAAAAAAAGAUGAAAGAACUUUUAGCAACUGCAAAAUAUAAUAAAAACGAAUUUGAGUCUUCUUUUUUGUAUAUGUCUGCUCGCGAUGAAACACGGAGGAAGGAACGCUUAAGUGCAGAUAGCUUUGAUAGGAGUUUAAGAGAAUUCAUGAAUAAAGAAGAAGAGGAAACCCGCUUAAAUGAAGGAAAGAGAGUUGAGCAAUCAUUAGAAACGGACGAUAGUCACAGUUAUGAGAAAAUUGAGAAUCAGACUUUCUCCUGUCAAGCCGAAAAGCAAGGGGAACCAAAUAAUUCGGAAGACCGUCAGUUAGAAAUAUUGGACCACAUUGAACAAGAGAUUCAAAAGAGCUACGAAAUGCAUUUGGCCAAAAAUACAAAAAAAGAACUAGAAAAUUUGAAUGCAAGUGAAUACUCCAUUACCGAAAAUAUUCAGAUUUUUACUCGAAAUGACGAAAUACACGAUGAAAAAAUUAGUUCGGAAGACGGACAACUGGAAAUAUCGCCAUUAAAUGAAAUGGAGGAAAGGGAUGACAAAGAGGAAUUUGAAUAAUAUCCAACUAAUUAUUUAUAUUAUAUUUAUUUAUUUGAACAAGAUCUGAAAAAUUACAAUCUAAUAAUACUAAUAUGAAAUAUACACGAAUUACAAGGCAAA